ACGAGCUGUUCGCAGAACUACGCAGAUCAUUAUUUCCAGUGAUAUAGCACACCUGGUAGCUUAUUAAGCCGUGCAUUUUGUGGAUAAAGACUAAAGAACAUCAAAGAGCAUCAAGUGCAGUAGCAAAUUUGGCUAUCUAACGCUGCUCGCAACAGAGAAUCGCCAUUUUGGAAACCGUUCUAUCCACGCAUUUUCCACCGGCGUGAACGUGUGCGCGUGUGUGUGAGUGCGCUUGUGCUCGAUUUGAAGCGGUGCUAAUAAAAAACAAAAAAAGGAAUAAACAACAGUAAAACAAGACGGAACGCGCGAAUCGCGCACAUCAAAAUGAGUAAAAUUCACUUUGUCAACACGACGGGCGUUUCGCUCAACGAUCGCUUCACAACCAUUUCCAAGACGCAAGUCGGAUUUGGUGGACCUACGAUGUUAGUAGAAGGGCCCCGGUCCCGGUCAAAUUCCCUUUCGAGGAGUGACGCCAAUCGCCAGCUCAUCGAGCACUGGGACCGCGCGCAUGCACUACAAUCGGCGAUGAAGGCAGCGAGUCUAAGACCGGCACGUCGGUGGCUACAGCGCAAUACACUGGCUCUGCAAAUGAAGCGUACCAUGGGAAAAUUGACCAUGGGAGGCAUUCGACGCUUGCAGCGAUCGAACAGCUUUGCCGAUAUCGCUACAAUGAACGCCGAUCGCGUUGAACUGAUGCAGAGAGGUAGAGGCAGAACUCCCUCGAUUACAUCCCGAUUGGGCGUGUUACGCACCGCCCCCAGAGACCGCAGUAUCUCGCGUGGUCGCAGUAUGUCACGCGGCCGUAGCACCUCACGUGGCCGCGGUGUUUCGCGCGGUCGUAGCGCAUCCCGCGACCGCCAGCGAUCGCUGAGCCGUUCGAACUCGCAGACGAAUCUGCGACGUGCCGGUUCACGGGGCAAUCUGUCGCGGGCCGGAUCGCUGAACAAUCUUUCCCGUGCCGGAAGCCGCAACGGGCUGAACAAUCUUUCACGUGCCGGAAGCCGCAACGGGCUGAACAAUCUUUCACGAGCCGGAAGCCGCAACGGGCUGAACUCGACGCGUAAAACCAUCGGACCGAACGAUGCGCGUAGACGCUUGAUUCGUAAUAACCAGUUGGCAGCCCGUGGCGUAACAAAUGGUGCCACCGCCAGGCGUGGCCGUAGCCGCAGUCGUAGCCGUGUCCGAGGAACACCUGCAACCGCUGUCGCUGCACAAGCUAAUGGAGGACGGGCUAGAUCCCGCUCGCGCUCGCGUAAACGCGCCGGUUCGAAGGUACGCGCCAGCAGCGUUAAUAGCCGGCUUGGCGCAAACCGUACCAACGAACCCGUCGCAGCCCGCGUCGGUGGGGGCCGUGUAACUAAGCGAAGCCGCAGCCGCCGGCCAGGGCUGGCUAAUGCGACGGCAGUCGGUACACGCACCGGACGCCCCCUGAAGAGAGAGACACCUAACCGCAAGGGAGCAGGUGGUAAAAAGGCAAUGGGAGCGAACAAUGGAGCUAAUGGAGCAGUUGCAGCCGGUCGACGAGGACGAUCUCGAUCGCGACGCCCAAAUUCAAACGUACGAGGACGCAGCGCAUCGAAAAACCGUUCGACCCAUGUCAAACAACAGCCCAAGAGCCGCGAGGAGCUGGAUAAUGAGCUGGAUCAGUACAUGGCCAAUACGAAGUCAUCGCUUGAUAGAGAGAUGGACCAGUACAUGAAUGGGAUCGAACACUCGCGGAUCUAAGCGCUGUUGUUCUACCCGUACUCUCUCUCUCUCUCUUUCAUCUACCAGCGAAGCAUUCAAACCGAAACUAUGCUGCUAGUGUUAAACAGCACAGUGAAUCUUUUCCUGUAAGCAGGAAAUAUAUACUAUCGUUUGUGAGACUACAUCAAUCCAUCGAGCAUCAAAUGAUCGCGAUCGCUAUCGGUUUAAUUAGAAGUAAGGUUUAUUUAACUGUAAAAAAUAUAGAAAACAAAAAUGUAUAUAAAAUUUUCACGUAGCCGUUAACUGCAAUACAUAAAUAAAGAAUCAAUUUCGGUUG